AUGCCGACCACAGUUGAGGAGCAUCAAAACAAGCAUCCUGAUCUGGAAUGGCACCAGUUACCAACUCCAGAAGCUCACCCACGCUACACCUAUCAUGGCUUUCAACCCGGAAGAAUCAUUCUUUCAACUGGACAUGUUCGGUCUCCGGGUCGGCGUCCAUUUACUGCACAUACCAUCCUCGACAAAGAUGUCUCGAUUCCGAUGCGCGAUGGAAUCAAGCUCUACGCGGAUAUCUUUCGUCCUUGUUCACCUGAGGGUGGAGAGCAGAAGGUCCCAGCAAUCAUUCCUUGGAGUCCAUACGGCAAAACAGGAAACGGGUGUCUUAAUUACGACAACAUCGCACCCUUCCGUGUCGGUUUGCACUUGAACCAAACCUCGGGUUAUGAGAAGUUCGAGGGGCCUGAUCCUGCAGACUGGGUGCCUCGUGGAUAUGCGAUCGUUAAUAUCGAUGCGAGAGGCGCCGGUGACUCGGAAGGGAACAUGGUAUUCUGGGGCCAGCAGGAAGCAGAGGAUAUCUACGAUGCAAUUGACUGGGUUAGCAAACAAUCCUGGUGCAAUAGUUCUGUCGGUAUGGCAGGGAAUUCUUGGUUAGCAAUUGCCCAGAUCAACUUUGCUUCUCGUCUGGAGCAUCCUGCACUAAAGGCGAUAGCACCAUGGGAAGGGAGGAAUGAUAUGUAUCGGGAUUCUCUUGCAAGGGGAGGCAAGAAGCAUAACGCGGGGUUCCAAAAGUUUAUCCUGGCUGGAUUUGCUGGGCGGAAUUCUGUGGAGAAUAUGCCCCUGAUGUUGGAGAAGAGACCACUGUUCGAUGACUAUUGGGAGAGCAAAUAUAUGAACACUGAGAGAAUCAGUAUCCCAGCAUAUGUUGUUGCAUCCUUUUCGUCGAUGCUGCAUAGCCGGGGUUCAUUUGAGACAUUCCGUUCUGCUAGCUCCCACCAAAAAUGGCUGCGAGUUCACCCAUACCAAGAGUGGUACGACCUCUACCGAGGGGAAAUGGUUGAUGACCUCCAAAGUGGUGGAAAUACGAAGACCAUUUGCGAACGACCGGAGCUUGCGUGGCCUCUGCCUCGACAAACCCUGAAGAAGUUCCAUUUGAAUGCAGCUCAAAUGGAGCUUCAACCGCAACAACCGCAUGAAACAUCAUCUGUCUCAUAUGAUAGCCAGGAUCUGAAAGCUACUUCCGAUUUUACCAUGUUCUUUCAAGAAUACACCGAAAUAGCAGGAUAUGCUAAAUCUACACUAUGGAUGUCUUGCAAAGAUAAAGAUGAUUUUGACAUCGCAGUGCAAAUCCGCAAGCUUUCCCGAGACGGCAAGCCUCUGGAGCACCUCAAUUAUCCAUGCCCUGUACCAUGCGAACAAGUGCCGGACGUCAAUACCGCCAAGUGCUUAGGACCGCAAGGGUUUCUUCGUGCCUCGCAUCGUAUCACAAAAGACCCCGAAAGAUCCACGGAUCAGGAGGUAUUUUAUAGGCACGAUAAGCGCGAGGCAAUUCCACCAGGCUCUAUCGUCAAGCUCGAGAUCACCCUUUGGCCUGUCGGAAUGGUAUUUGCCCCUGGCGAAGGAUUGAUGUUGCGUGUUUCCGGUCAUGAUAUGUGUUACCCGGAGACCGAGACGAUUGGUAUGGAGCCAGUUAGCAAUGAGAAUAUAGGGGAACAUGUUAUUCACACUGGAGGGAGGUACGAAUCGAGCCUGGUACUACCAUUUAUUUGA